GGUAACGGUCACCGCAAGAAAGUACUAGGGGUGGGUGUGACGUCAUAGCCCCAGAGCCGCCGACCAUGUUUCGGGAAGUUUGACUGGGUUGAAAAAAUUUACGAAACGAAAACUGUUGAACGAUGGGGAUUAUCAGAGAACUCCGAAACAAUCUGGCUCUCUCCGGACUUGUAGACGAUGAGAAAUUUCAGCGGAACGUAAAAUAUGAUUGAAAUAUAUAAUUGAUCUGAACUCCUACAAAGGCAACCGACUUUCGCGCGUUCAUAUAUUUUCGCGGCUAUUCAUUUUUUCGUCGAAUAGAAUAAUUGAGAAAUAGACUGAUAUAACGGUAUCACUGCCAAGUUUUUCCACAUGAAGGCCCAUUCUUUCCCUUCUAUCGUUAAGUCGCAUCAGACGAGCUGCCUCGCAUGAGACACCUCGGGGAGAGGGUUCUGCUCUACUCUGCCAGCUCGGGGAAUCAGGAUGACAAAACCCAAAGUUGGACGAAUUUUCCUGGCGACAUGCGUUGGGUCACUUUUCAUGGUCAUAUUGUACUUUCAGAACAUCACAAGGCCAGCCGUGGAGCAGUUUGGGGGGAAGGGCAUCGGCCCGGGGAAGACGAGGAGAAGUCCACUACAGACCCUCUACAACGAAGACCAGUUGGACAUGUCUGCUGCGCAGGCAUCUCUGCGUGGUCGGCGGGAGCUGCUGGAGGAGGCGUGUCUCACCCACACCAGGAAGCGGCGGGUGUUGACCCCAGACGACCUCCGCCACCUCAUAGUAGACGAUAAGCACAGUCUGCUGUACUGCUACGUCCCCAAGGUGGCCUGCACAAACUGGAAACGGGUCCUCAUGGUCAUGACAGGGGACGGACGCUACCGCGAGCCCCUAGCCAUCCCCGCCAAUGAGGCCCACGUGGCAGGCAACCUGCGCACGCUGUCAGAGUACUCCACCGGCGAGAUAAACCACCGCCUCCGCAGAUACCUGAAGUUCCUCUUCGUUCGGGAGCCCUUCGAGAGGCUGGUGUCGGCCUACCGCAACAAGUUCACCCGCAGCUACAACACGGCCUUCCACAAGCGCUACGGCACCAAGAUCAUCCGCCGACACCGGCCCCACCCUGAGCCGGAGGCGUUGGAGCAGGGCAACGAUGUCUCCUUCAAGGAGUUUGUGCAGUACCUGGUGGAUCCCCGCACACAGAGAGAGGAGCCCUUCAACGAGCACUGGGAGCGGAUCCACUCACUGUGCCACCCCUGCCUCAUCCACUACGACGUGGUGGGGAAGUAUGAGACUCUGGAGCAGGACUCCCGCUCUGUGCUGCGGCUGGCCAGCGCUGACGGGGAGGUCCACUUCCCCACCUCAGGCAAGAGCACCAGGACCAACGGGGACAUGGCGGCUCAGUUCUUCCACAACAUCAGUCCCUUCUACCAGAAGAAGCUGUACAACCUUUACCGCAUGGACUUCCUGUUGUUCAACUACUCCAACCCAGAGUACUUGAAGUUUAGGUGAGGGCGGCUCUCUCCAUGUCAACUACUCCAACCCAGGGUACUUGAAGUUUAGGUGAGGGCGGCUCUCUCCAUGUCAACUACUCCAACCCAGAGUACUUGAAGUUUAGGUGAGGGCGGCUCUCUCCAUGUCAACUACUCCAACCCAGAGUACUUGAAGUUUAGGUGAGGGCGGCUCUCUCCAUGUCAACUACUCCAACCCAGAGUACUUGAAGUUUAGGUGAGGGCGGCUCUCUCCAUGUCAACUACUCCAACCCAGAGUACUUGAAGUUUAGGUGAGGGCGGCUCUCUCCAUGUCAACUACUCCAACCCAGAGUACUUGAAGUUUAGGUGAGGGCGGCUCUCUCCAUGUCAACUACUCCAACCCAGAGUACUUGAAGUUUAGGUGAGGGCGGCUCUCUCCAUGUCAACUACUCCAACCCAGAGUACUUGAAGUUUAGGUGAGGGCGGCUCUCUCCAUGUCAACUACUCCAACCCAGAGUACUUGAAGUUUAGGUGAGGGCGGCUCUCUCCAUGUCAACUACUCCAACCCAGAGUACUUGAAGUUUAGGUGAGGGCGGCUCUCUCCAUGUCAACUACUCCAACCCAGAGUACUUGAAGUUUAGGUGAGGGCGGCUCUCUCCAUGUCAACUACUCCAACCCAGAGUACUUGAAGUUUAGGUGAGGGCGGCUCUCUCCAUGUCAACUACUCCAACCCAGAGUACUUGAAGUUUAGGUGAGGGCGGCUCUCUCCAUGUCAACUGUGAUUUAGUAAUCAAUCUGUUUUGGGUCUGGAAUUUCUAAUCAAUCUGGGUGGGUGUGUAGUGGUGUUCAGAUGUUAUUGGUAAGUGCCUUACCAGUGCCUUCCCUGCAUUGUUAGAUGUAUGACCUUUAUUAUCAAGGGUGACUCUGGGGGCACUGUUCAUUCCUAGGACUCUUCAUGUGGCCUAUAUAAGAUAGAAGCAGGUUCUUCUUUUUGAGGGUUGUGAACCUUCCUCUUUAUUUAUACAAUUGUAAGUAUUUAUUGUAAUUAUAGACUGAGUCAUUGGACACUUGAGUGAAUUGUGGGAGAACAUUCCAUUUAUGCAUUUCUCUCUGCUUGCACAUACAGCGUGUUUUCUUGACUCUUGCACAUCUUAUGUAGCCAAAAUGUUCCUCUGGGGACAAAGGGUGUUGUAGAACUUACAUAAACCAACAAACAAAAGAAAUCAGUCUACACAUUCAAAAUCAUGAAAAGGCUGCCAUUUACUCACAGAGUUAUGAGGUUUGCAAAGACCCAAUGUGAAUACAUUUUGAAAACUCAUUUAAAUGUAAAUGAGUUGAUAAAUCUAACACGGUGGUAAGAAAUAAUUGCCUUGGUCUUGGUGGCCACCUGUUCGUUGAUGUUAUGCAAGCCACAGGUUGCUAGUAAAAAUGUACUGAUAAACAAUGUAUGCUGGGUAUAGGAAGCCUGGCAGGCAUGAUGACUUCAGACAGGGAGUUGAUGACAGAAAUGCCACAUGCUCUGUUUGGCAGAGUCACCUCUUUCUUUAGCUCACGGCAGACUGAGCAAACAGCACAUAGCUGUGGUUUGGUCCAAGGCUGCCCUUCGUCAGAGAGUUCCUUGUUGAACUGUGGACAGCCACGUAGGGCUAACUAUCUACACGGGCACUACAGGUUAAAACCAGGUAAGCCUUCUGGUAAAAGACAAAUAUUCUAUUGAAUUUACACCAUGCUUACAAGUGCAAUAUUUGUCAUGACUUGAUAUGAGCUGUAUAUGAAGACAUUUAAUAUCACAUGUUUAUGCCUGUUGAUGUUGUGCCUCAACAGUUUGCCCAUAAAAAUGGUCUAUUUACCGUUUACUGCUACAACAACAUUAAUUUGCAUCAAUUGAUGCUAUAGGCCAGGGUUACCCAACUGGUGGCCUGUGAGCUGAAUUUGGCCCGAGGGUGAUUUUUAUUUGGCUCCCCAAGUUUGAGCAAAAAAUAAUAAUAGUUUAAACAACAACAAAAAAAUGAAAUAAUUUGCAGGACACAAAGAAAGUGUAAAAACACGAGCAAAUUAGCUCUAAGUGAUUUUAAUUGAGGAAAUCUGUUUUCCUACGCCUAGUGGAGAGAUAUAUGUGAUCGUAUGAAAAUGAAAGCAUGGUUUGAAAUGAUUUUGUUUUAGUCAAAUAAUAUAUAUGUUUGGGCUUCUUCCAGUCUACAAAUGAUUUCUAAUUAUGUUCCGCCCCCCCUGACCAUCCGCUCAAAAAUAGAUCAGCCAAUGGCUGAAUCUAGUGGACGAUCCCUGCCUAUAGGCCACGUGUUGAGGUAGCGGUGGUGUGGAGGACAUGUUCUUUGUGUUGGAAACAACCAAAUACUUUACAACUUUCAAAUUGUUGCCUUGAAAUAGAAGUAGACUCUCGUCUGAAUGAAUUUGCUCCUAAUGUUAACGAGCCAUAAUCAAGUUGUGUACAGCCUGUUUCAGACAAACACCCAUAGACUGUGAAUAAUGUCCGGAGAGAACACAGGUGUUUACCAAUAGAGUUGUCUCGGUUCAUGAACUCCUCUCAGCUGGGAAGUGGCUGCUCUAGAACAUCCACAUACAACAUUUCACCGUUGUGGACAAGUCGUCUGGAAAACCUGGUAUUUAGCCUACAGAGAAGUGUGUAUUUAUUCUACCAGUACUACAGUCUGGUUAAUUUUCUCUUACUUUUGUCUGAUAUGAGAGUACCCUUAUGUUUAUUUUGCAAAUUGUAUUUUAUAGUAAUAAUAUCCACCAUUUAAUAUACAUGAUAUUUUUUACACUAAUUUCUCAACAACCAAGCACCCAGUAGACAGUGAUGUCAUCGUGUAUUGUCAUUACCGGUUAUACUUCAAAACCGUCAUAGAAGUUUCCUUUUUUUCAUGUUUCCUUCCUGAUUUGCCUAGUAAAAUAAAGGUUAAAUAAAGGUUAAAUUAAAAAA